AUGAGAGUAUCAAUCCUCUUCACUUCCCUCCUCCUCACGGCCACAACCCUCGCCGCUCCAUACGGUUCUCGAUUAUACAGUCGACAAAACAAUCAUGAAAUCGAACAACUUAGUGCCCUCCAGCAGCUCGCCACAGGUUCCGACGAUGAGAUCAGACUUGCCGCCCACGAAGCCGGCAUGGAUGAACUUAUCGAAGCCAAGUCCGGAAAAUUCGGCACCCACUCUGCCACGUUUAGCGGACGAUCCUUGAUCAAGAAGAUCGGUCUAAACCUCAUGGGAACUCUCGGUGUUCCACAGGAUAUGCUUGAACUUAUCGGCGCCGUUCCAGAUCCCUUACUGAAGCAGAUGAUUAAACAACCGCUCGGUCAAUUGAAGAACAGUCUUGACUCCCUCAAGUCCGGAAAGAUCCCAAACCUACCUGGAGUUUCACCGAAGGAGUUGAUCAUGCAAGUUCUACCGAACUUGGGAGUUCCGGAAAACAUGGUGAACUUGAUCAAAGCCGCGCCGGAUAGUUUCAUCACCAAAAUCACAGAUCUACCGGGUGGACAGUUAUCCGCCACGAUUAAAGAAUUGAAGGCCGGAAAAAUCCCAACGAUCCCUGGUGUCGAUAAAGCAGAGAUGAUUCUUCAAUUCUUACCAUCUUUGGGUCUUCCUGUUCUCGUCGUUGAUAUCUUGAAGGCUACACCCGGUGCUAUCGAACAGCUUGGAAACUUGGAUGCCAAUCAAUUGGAUAAGCUUCUUAAGGACUUCAAGGAAGGUAAAUUCACCGGUAUCCCCGGUUUGGACCUUGGUGGACCUUCUACUCCUACCACGCCUACUACUCCGACCACUCCGACCACUCCUACUACCCCGGUUUCCAGUGGACCUGUGGGUGCGAACCCGGUGCUUCCAGUUAAUCCUGUAGCUUCUGCACCUGCUGGUAACCUUCCCGUUCAACCAGUAACUUCUGCACCUGCUGGCAAUCUUCCUGUUCAGCCUGUGACCGGUGCACCUGUCGGUAACCUUCCAGCUACUGGUGGCCUCCCGGCUGCUGGUACCCUUCCAGUUGCGCCGGCAGGAUUUGGACUUACAUUGUAA